AUGGCAUCCGAAGCCAAGGAAAAGAAUCUAGCCUCUCUCCGCGACUCCAUCGCCAACCUGGAAAUGCAGCAGGCACAACUGGAAUCGGAAUUAGCGUCGACAACGUCCAAACUCAAAAACGAUCCCACGGCAACAGUCAAACGCCAUAUCCGCCUCUUACAUGAAUACAAUGAAAUCAAAGAUAUCGGACAGGGAUUGAUGGGACUUAUCGCUGAGGGAAGAGGCGUGCGACAGAUUGAGGUUGAGAGGGAGUUUGGUGCUGGGGAGAAGGAUUGA